ACCAAUCUUUAACGAACGAGCUGAGCUUAAAAUAAUAGUUUUGACAAACUGAGUAUUUCAAAGUUUAUUAUUAACAUUUUUUUUUUUCAAAUGAACAUAAUAUUUUGUUUGACCUCGACUCACAUUUUUUACGAACUGAACUUGAACUAGCUAAAAAUAAAAUUAAAACAUCAGGACAAUUUGUUUCCCCAAUGUAUUAAAACAGCUUUUGUCUAGGAAAAAAAAAAAACAGCCAUUUAAACUAGUAACGUCUGAAACAUCACCACCCACAGAAGUUGUUUAUGUUGCCACUUUUACCCUCUCCAAAUUUCAUGCAGCAUUUCGCUCUCCUCCCACCAAUUCUCUCUCUCUCUCUCUCUCUCUCUUCCCUCAAACAGACAGACAGACCUAAAGAGAGAAAGAAAGAGAGGGAACCAAAACCAUCAACCAAAAAAGAAAGGGGAGAAGGAGCUGAGCCUGAGACUGAGAGGCCAAAGGCAGAGAUCGACGACAACGACUUGACAUAGGUCAUAGGUUCUUCGGUCUCUGAAAUUAUUAUUUUUACAAUGGCUUCGUUAUCUCAUCCCGUUUUCUUCCUCUUCUUCUUCCUUGUAUUGGGUUUUGCCUCCUCCGCCACCUUCAUCUCUUAUGAUAUCUUACGGGCUGGUGGAUCAUCCACGGGGGGACGUGCCCUUCUUCAGGCCAAAAAAAAUUGUCCUGUGAAUUUUGAGAACCAGAACUACACAAUCAUAACAAGCAAGUGCAAAGGACCAAACUACCCAGCAAAGAGCUGCUGUAAUGCUUUGAAGGAUUUUGCCUGUCCUUUUACAGAAGAAAUCAAUGACUUGAAAAAUGAUUGUGCUUCAACCAUGUUCAGCUACAUAAACAUCUACGGGAAGUAUCCUCCCGGCCUGUUUGCGUCUCAAUGCCGCGAAGGGAAAGAAGGUCUCGCAUGUCCCGCUGAGGCACCGAAAUCUGAUCAAAAGAGCAGCAGAGGUCACAUAUCAGCUACUCACUCCAUCAUGCUAGCACUAUCUGCUGCCUUCCUUAUAUUAUCCUUCCAUAUGUUCUGAGCUGGUGUAAGUGUGAAAAAACAUCACCCCACCUUGUAACCACUCAAUUAUGUUUCCGCGGAUAACUCCCACCAAUUUGUAUGCUUUGAACAUGUAUCCCAAAUAGUAUAAUUUUAUUAUAUA